AUGAAGACCACAACAGAACACUUUGUGAUCCACGAACCGCCGAUCUUCGACUCAACUCCACAGUCACUGAAAGAAGAGGCACUGAAAAUCAUCAAUGCCACCACCUUGACAUGGAAUUUGGUGGUAGCCGGAGUCCAAAUUGCCGAAGCCUCCUUUGAAAACACAAUCUGGCCAAUUAUCCAGGACGAAAACGCCAAGUUUGAGAAGCAACGCCUCCUACUCUUCUACGGAUCAACCUUUCCAGUCAAAGACGUGCGAGAUGCAUCAAACGAAGUUUCCAACAUGCUUACUGAUGCCGAGGUCGAACUAUUUUCCCGACGUGACAUGUUCCUCCUGGUUGACAGCGUAGUGACCAAAGCAAAAACCCAAGGAUCCGCUCAGGACGACGAGUCCCGUUAUUACCUGCAAAAGCUCCAUCGACGCUUCCUUCAAACUGGAUGUGGUAUUACCGGCGAUGCACCUAGGAACGAAUUCAAAGCAAAGAUGAAGAGAUUGAGUCACCUUGAGAGAGAUUGCAACCGGAAUCUUAAUGAGGAGACCACGGGUAUCUGGCUGACUCCGAACGAGCUAGAUGGCUUGCCCGAUGCUGUCUUAGGUCGACUAAAAGAAGGUGAGGGCAGUCAGGCUGGCCAACUGUGGCUCCCCACCAAGACUCCUUUUAGCGCCCCGGCCAUGAAGAACGUGAAGAAGGAGUCGACGAGGAAGAAGAUUUAUUAUGCCGUCCAAAACAGGAUGGCAGGUAGCGUCCCUCUCUUCCAAGAACUUGUUCUUCUCCGCGAUGAGACAGCCAGGAUGCUUGGGUAUCCAAACCAUUUCGCGCGAAAAACGAGCGACAAGAUGGUUCAAGGCCCUCAAGUGGUGGCUGAUCUGCUAUCAGAAAUUCGUGAGACUGUGGCUCCUCUGGCUACGAGCGAUGCAGAGGAGCUUCUUCAACUUAAGAAGCAGGAGGCAGCCGCCUUUGUAGAAACCGCAAACAGGCUAUUUCACUGGGAUAUCUCGUACUUCACAGAACGACGCAUUGAACAGACCGAGACGCGGGAGUCAGCCCUGUCCGAAUACUUCGAACUCCAAAUGACGCUUCAAAAACUGCUUCAAAUGUUCCAACAUCUGCUCGGAGCAGAACUCCGAAGAGUUGAUACUGCGGACCGCGAAAAUCUCAUCUGGCACGAAGAUGUGCAGAUGUAUACGGCCUGGAAGGUUGAUGGCGUGACUGAUGAAUUCCUCGGUUACGCCUAUCUGGAUCUUUUCCCUCGAGAUGGGAAGUACAGCCAUGCCGGACACUAUCCAUUGCAGUUUGGCUACCAGCGGCCUGACGGGGGUCGUUUCUACCCAUCCUCGGCCUUGGUCAUGAACUACGUUAGACCAUUGCCCGAUCAACCCACUCUUCUCAGCAUGGACGAUGUUCGAAAAUUGUUUCACGAACUUGGACACUUAUUCCAUGCACUGUUCACAAGGAUUAAACAUGCAGGCCUCUCCCCAGUGGAUCGCGACUUUGUUGAGGCCCCAAGCAUAAUGUUGGAGCAAUUUUUCUGGAUCGAGCGUCAUAUCAAAGACAUCUCUUAUCAUUAUUCAUAUAUCAGUCCAUCAAUGAUGUCCGCUUGGAUGACUAUUAAUGGAAAGUCUCCCGAUAAAAAACCCCCGCAGAUACCACCCGUUCAACUCGAUGAUGAUCAAGCGGCAGCUCUAUCCCAAAGAAACAAAGGUGUAAAGGUCCGAGCCCAGCUGAAUAACUUAUUCUUCGCCACAUACGAUAUGCUUAUUCAUAGCCCUGCUUCGAGGGAAGAGUUGCUGCGGACUAAUCUCACGGAGCUGUUCAACAAGACACGCUCGAGCAUCUCCGGGACUCAUGGAGGGGAGAUACUAGGGGAGGGAUGGGAAUGGGGCCAUGGCCAGACAGUUUUCCGAAACGUGAUUAACAAGUAUGAUGCUGGAUACUACAGCUACCUAUUAGGCACGGUAUUUGCGUUUGAUAUUUUCGAGACUGGAUUUCGCCAGGACACAAUGAGCAAAGAGGCCGGACGACGAUACCGUGACAUGAUUCUCCGCGUAGGCGGAAGCCAGCCUGAGAUGAAGACUUUGAGAGAUUAUCUAGGCCGUGAGCCAACUACCAGACCCUAUCUUGAGUGGCUAGGAGCUAAACCUCGGGAUAUAUAA